UGUGCGCAGGCGCAGAGAGAGAGAGAGAGAGAGAGAGAGAGAGGGUUCUUCUUCGCCGGGGCCGUUGGCUGAGGCUCAUUCUUGCUCCGUCGGCGGCGGCAGAGGACCACUUCUCCUGCCGCCUGCUUCCUGAGAGCGUGACCCGGAUGUUGGCGGCCGCCGCCGAGGUGCCUCCGGGGCCCCUGGGGAUGCUGGGCCUCCCUCCCGGAGGGGACCCGCUCUGAUGCCGGCCUCCCGCCACUGAGCCCCGGCCUUCCCCCCCCCCCCCCCCCCCCCCCCCCCUUCCUCCUCCCGCGAUGACGACGCCGGCUUUGCUUCCCUUCUCCGGGCGGAGGAUCCCCCCUCGCGGCCUGGGCCCCUCGUCCUCCUGCUCCUCCUCCUCCUCUUCCGCGUCCUCCUCCUCCGGGUCCGGCUUCGGCCACCACCGGGCCACGCUGCGCCUGUCGGAGAAGUUCAUCCUGCUGCUGAUCCUGAGUGCCUUCAUCACGCUCUGCUUCGGGGCCUUCUUCUUCCUGCCGGACUCCUCCAAGCACAAGCGCUUCGACCUCGGCCUCGAGGACGUCCUCAUCCCCCACGUCGAGGCCGGGCAGGGCGGCAAGCACCACGGGGGAGGCUACCUCAUCCACGGACAGGGCCACGACCAGCACCGGCACAGGGAAGAAGAGGAACGCCUGAGAAAUAAAAUUCGUGCAGACCAUGAAAAAGCUCUGGAAGAAGCAAAAGAAAAACUGCAGAAGUCACGGGAUGAGAUCCAAGCAGAAAUUCAGACUGAGAAGAACAAGAUUGUAAAGGGCUUGAAGAACAAAAGCAGCAAGCCUCUGCCACCAGUCCCGGUGCCAAAUCUUGUAGGGAUUAACAAUGGAGAUCCAGUGGAUCCAGACAUUCGAGAAAAAAGGGAAAAAAUUAAAGAGAUGAUGAAACAUGCUUGGGAUAAUUACCGGCAGUAUGGAUGGGGACACAAUGAAUUGAAACCUAUUGCUAGAAAAGGACAUUCCACCAAUAUAUUCGGAAAUUCUCAGCUGGGGGCUACUAUUGUUGAUGCACUUGAUACCCUCUAUAUUAUGGGCCUUCAUGAUGAAUUCAGAGAAGGGCAGGAAUGGAUUGACAAUCACCUGGAUUUCAGUGUAAAUUCAGAAGUAUCUGUCUUUGAAGUCAACAUUCGCUUCAUUGGUGGCUUGCUUGCAGCCUAUUAUCUUUCCGGACAAGAGGUUUUCAAGAUAAAAGCAGUGCAGCUAGCAGGAAAACUUCUUCCUGCUUUCAAUACACCCACAGGGAUUCCAUGGGCAAUGGUGAAUCUGAAAAGUGGUGUAGGUCGCAACUGGGGUUGGGCAUCAGCUGGCAGCAGCAUCUUGUCAGAGUUUGGUACACUUCACAUGGAAUUCGUACACCUGAGCUACCUGACUGGCAACCCUGUAUACUAUGAAAAGGUCAUGCAUAUUCGUAAACUACUUCAAAAAAUGGACCGCCCUAACGGACUUUAUCCAAACUACUUGAAUCCAAGGACUGGGCGCUGGGGGCAGCAUCACACAUCCAUGGGUGGCUUGUGGACAAGUUUCUAUGAGUACUUGCUGAAGGCAUGGCUUAUGUCAGAUAAGAUGGUGGAGGCGGAAAUGUAUGAUGAUGCUAUUGAGAGAAAACACCUUAUCAGAAAGUCCAAUGGAGGACUAACGUUUAUUGGAGAGUGGAAGAAUGGGCACCUUGAGAGAAAAGUGGGUCAUCUCACAUGCUUUGCUGGAGGAAUGUUUGCCCUUGGAGCAGAUGGUUCUCGUGAUAAGGCUGGGCAUUAUCUACCUGGAGCAGAGAUUGCACAUACAUGUCAUGAAUCAUAUGACAGGACAACAUUAAAACUGGGUCCUGAAGCUUUCAAAUUUGAUGGUGGUGUGGAAGCAGUAGCAGUGCGACAGAAUGAAAAAUAUUACAUUUUAAGACCAGAGGUGAUUGAGACUUACUGGUAUAUGUGGCGAUUCACACAUGAUCCAAAAUACAGGCAAUGGGGAUGGGAAGCAGCACAGGCCAUUGACAAGUAUUGUCGAGUGAGUGGUGGAUUUUCAGGGGUCAAAGACGUCUACUCCUCUGCACCUACUUUUGAUGAUGUACAGCAAAGCUUUUUUCUUGCUGAGACGUUAAAGUAUUUGUAUUUGCUGUUCUCCAGUGACGACCUUCUACCUUUAGAUCACUGGGUUUUUAAUACAGAAGCUCACCCGCUGCCUGUUUUACAUCUAGCCAACACAACACUUUCAGGAAAUCAUGUGUAUCGAUAGAAACUAUUCCAGGACAAAGACAAAACAUUUUGUUUUAGCCGUGUUUUGUUUACAUGAACCACUUAAGGCUUGAGAGAAGACUGGCGCCUCUUUAAUUAAUGAAGACCUUUGAAUCAAGGAAGGAUCAAAACUGCACUCUUAAGCAUGUAGAUAAAUUCAAAAAUUCCAUUUUAUACGUGACCAAAACAAUCUAGUGCAGUUUGUGUCAUAAAAGACCAUAUAUAUUUGCAACUGAGGUGGUGGAGCAUGGUUCAAAGGCCAAGGGAACACGCUUCCUGUCCAGUGACAGAAAUCAGCUGCAACUGCUACAACUGGUCUUUGUAGUGAGCUGUCUCCUGCCCAAAUUAUGUGGAUUCCUGGUACUUUGUCAUUUGCUUUUUCUUUCAGUGAUGGCAUGAGCAGAACAGGGACAAGCAACAGAAGCGCACCCAGAUUUGAAGCUCCUUUACUUCUGUUUUGAAUUUUCUACUUUUCAUCAGUCUGAUCAGACUGGCAGCCAUUCCCAGUGCCUCUUGAGAUCCUUGCCUAUUAUUAUUAUUAUUAUUGUGAUUGUGAUUAUUAUUACUACUACUAUUGCUACUAGUGGUGGUGGUGAUGAUGAUGAUGAUGGUCAGUCAUUUGUUCUUGUUUGUCAGUAAGUGGGAUGUGGAAAGGAACUACCAACUUCUCACAAUCUGUCAUUUUAGAAUUUAGAAAGCUUUAUUGUCAUGAAAAAAGUUGCCCAUCCUGUUACUUGGUGGAGAUACUUGUCAGCUUAGUUGCAGUAAGCUGUGAAGCUUGGAGUUCUUUUUUUUCCCCCUUUUCCCCUUUUUCUUCCUUCCCUCCUCUUCCUCCUUCUUCUUUAUUUCUGAUCUGGUAUUCAAAAACAGAAUAGAUAUUCAAUUACAAUCUGAAGUUCUCCGAGUAAGGUGUUAGUUGAGUAUAAAUGGUGCUUCUUUUGCAUUUUUGCAAAACCUCUUGUCAGAGGAGGAAUAUGUCUAUGCUCACAUAGACAGUAGAAAUUCUACCAGUUUUAUCUCUUAAAUAAUGGGAAUCAUAACAUCUAUUGGCCUCAGUGAUAGUAGAGAACAGAUGGAUAGGAAUGUGUAAGUGAAGUCUACUUUGCAAUACAUUAUUUUCCUUGGUAGAUGCCACCAGUAACAAUUAAGGUAAGAAACUGCUCUUCAGUUCUAAAAAUGGACCUGUCAGCCCCCAACACUGCUCUCCUCCACUCAAGGGAGUCUGUGGACAUCUUUUUUUAAGGAUAUUUAAAAGCUUUGUGUGAAUGUUGUUCAUGUAUAUCGGAAUCUCAUUUCCUGGUGAAUAGCCUUUAUUUUUUAUUGGUUUGCAUUGCUUAUAAACAUGAUGGUAAAGUCCAAAUGCUGGUUAGACAUAACCUUUGUUGACCAAGUUGCUCUGCAUUAGGACUUUAUAAUGCCUCGAGGACAUAACAGAUUUACAAGUUGGAAUAUUGUUUAACCAACAUAUUGUCAUAAAAGAUAUAUGAAGUCCCUAUGGUACAGAACACUGCAUCCAGUUUGUGUUGUCACACUGUGUACAGCUGGACGUCUGGGAAUAUGUGUGGCAAGGAUGAUGCUACAUUCUAAUGUGAAAUUCAGUCCCUUAUGCACGUUCUUGCCCACAUAGUUACAGAGAUAAUGCCUUAAAACAUGCUGUGAGUUUUAAUGGAAUAUUUAUAGUAAUAUGGUAAAAGUCCAGGUAUCAGGAAGUUGAGUUGUCCUCACUUUCUUAGCACAUGUCCCAUUAUCCAGCCUAUAUUUUACUGUCCCUGCAAACUGUGUUUUCACAUUUCUGUGUCUUACAUUUUCAAUCAUGUUUUCCUUCCCAUUUCCCCCCAAUAAAAUCACUGAAUUCUGCAUGAAAAAGCAAGUAACACAUCCAGGUUAAUAGCAUGUGCAGUUUUGUUAAUGGAGCCCAGCUGUAGUAUUUUGGACAUUCUAACUUAGAAUUUGAGAAUCAUUGCAUCUAGUACAGAAUUGAAAGCUAGAAAUGUAUUUCCAUAACCUCCUAAUACUGCUUUUAUUGAUUUUAAUUUGAACAGAGCUCUCAUUGAAACCAGUUGGAAAACUUUGGCGCAUAAUGUCGAAACUACUUACUUUGCUGAAUCUUAAGGGGCCGUUAUACUGUUUCUAAACCAAAAUAGAAUGAAAUGGGAUUUGGGAUUAAGCUAAAAAAGUUUUCAUCCACCUGCUGUAGAUGGAAAUAUUUUAUAGAACAUAUAGUGUUGGAUUUUUGCACUUUAAAAGUACCAUAUGACUGCAAACUAAUAACUCUUUUCCAUUCUAGAACAAAACAUACAACAGUGUCAUAGUUAGGCCUACUUACAGGGCUUACCUGAUCUUGUUUGCAGAGUAGCAUCAAUGUGUUAGCAAUCUACUUUUACUUUGAGACUGUUUAUCAUUAAUGUCCUCUUUGCCACAGUUAUGAAUUUCCUUCUUUCUCACACUUUCCCUUACCGGUUGUACCAGUGUGUAUUGUUCAUACUGAUUAGGCAGAAGGGAAAUCAGGUUAAGGCUAUAUUAAGAGAUAUGUGGAGGUGUUCUGUUAGAUCUAAAAGGCUUUCCAGUUCCUUAUUAACAAAAUAAGGAAGUGAUUAUGCCUCCUUUUAUUUGGCUGUUGAAACUACGAAAUCUUGGGAAAAAAUAGGAGUAGAUUUUCAGAUUUAAACGCUGAGCUCAGAUCUGGUAUUGAAAACAAAUUGCUGGCCUAAACCAUGAGCCCAAACCCUAAUUCCUCCCUAACUAUGUGUAUGUCCAUGCUCCGGCCACUAUUUUAUUUCAGGUUUUCUAGAAAAAGAUCCCACAAACCUGGUCUGUCCAGCUGUGAAAUAAAAGAUGUGCAAAGAAAGAAUGUAGAUGUGAUAGCAAGAUGUACACAGUUGAUUCAACUAAUUAAAUCACUGUGCAAAAGGGAAUCCUGGAGAUAGUACUUACUGCAUGGUGCAUUAUCUGUAGAGAACGAGGAGAGAAAAAGAAAUGGAAAACUACAGUAAUCUACACAUACCAAAAAAAACCCCCAAAACCCUCCAGGUUAAACCAUCAGACUAGAAUACAAGACAGACCCAGCAAAGAGGAAACGAGACAUCUUCAAGGUAACUUCAUUGACAUGUGCUGAAAUCCACAUCAUCUCAAGACCCUCCGCAAACCUUUAAAAGCCACUGCUGCUACUUGCUGCUGCCUCCGUUAUGUGGCAGGAAAAAGAAAAAGGGGGCUUGCAACCCCUUUCUGUCUCUCGCCUUACUUUCUCCAGGACAGUGCCCAAAGUGUGUGUUGGAUCUCGAAAGGCAGAGUAAAUGAAUUUCAGCAGAAGUAAUGAAGAGGAGGUUGGUCUACUCAUGGAGGGAUCCUACUCACCCAAGACUACCUCCCCAAGGCUGAUGGCUGAAACCGUUAUCUGCUUGACUUCAGUCAGAGGAUACAUUUCCGCACUGUAAGCAGUAGCAGGUGCCCAAAGUCCAAAUACUGGGAUGGGCCAGGGGUUGCAAUAGUCAGAAUUAAAAUUAGAAUUUUUAUUUAAUGUUUUAGUGGGAAGAGAAUAUGAAGCAAAGAGGUGCAAUUUUCAGCAAUGUCUCCAUGUGGGCACAAUUCUACCAUAAAAUGGUUGUACACAGAAUAAAUUGCUUUCCCUCCUGAAAUUGGAACUCGAAAGGGUUUGAAGAAAAUGUAUAGUGUGCUUGCUAUAGGGGUGAACCCAUUGCUGCGAUUUAUAAUUCUAUAAAUAGAAGUUGAGAGUCCAAAAUAAUUACUGCGACAAUUACUAGUCCCUCCAGUUAAUUGUGAUUUGUAGGGCUAUUUUCCUGGAAACCAGAAGCUGAAUGAAAUUGCCAUGAUUGCUUUCCUAGCAUCUUGAAGACUAAUUGUCUAAUUAGUAUUUAAUUGCCUAAAACAAGUACUUUUGUUCAGUUUUAAAGGAACAGUUUAAAAUUAGAUUUUCCACUCCUUUCAUAAUUGCUAGUAAUUUGGGUAUGUCCCUUGUUAUUUUGCUCCUGUGCGCUUUUGCAUCUAGAAGACUAAGGGGAAGAACUGCAAUCUCUCCAAAUUACAGUGUUUCAUAUUUUCUCUUAAACAUUAUCCCACCCCUUAAAAAAACAGCCCACAAGAUCUUGUUUCAGUU